GAGCUGUAAAACUAACCGCCAAGUCAAUUCGUCGUUUGUCUACUAAGAAUCUGACUCUCUUUGUAAGGUGGCGGGCUCCACGCACCAACCUUCUUGAGACCGUGCGCGAGGCGCGCUAGUGGGAUGCGGUAGACUGUCAUGAAUCGAUCCCAGAUCCCGUUCCGUAGGAUUAGCCUUGUCCGCUUGCGCGCCUCGAGUACGGUCUCACUAUGGGUGUGGUCACUACAGACUCGUUGCCUGAUCUAUUGAAUAUUUAUUCUCAUAAUCGAAGUCCUGAAAAUGGCUCGCAAGAAGGAAUACAAGGUCGUCGUGACAGGAGCAGCGCCCUUCAAGGAAUAUGAGCGAAAUCCUACGCAAGAUGUGAAAGAUAUGCUACCAACUCGUAUUGAGCGAAACCACAGGAUUCCUAUUACCAUCAUAAAAUUUCCUAAGGACUUUAGAAACGUCAUUACCGAUAUGGAUAUUAUUCCAAAGAUGUGGAACGGCCAGAAGCGCGUCUACGAUGAAGAUUGCGAAGAAGGAGACAAGAUAUACAUUGAUGCCAUGCUCCAUCUGGGCAUGAAUUUUGAUGAGUACUGGCAGAUUGAGAGGGUUGCUCGUCGAGAUGGUUAUGAUUGGGUCGGUGACGAUGGAGUCCCGUUACCAAAACAUAAUGGCGGUAAAGGAGGGAGAUGGGAGGGCCUGCCAGAAGUCCUGAAGCCCAUGUUUGACAUUGAACAUAUAGACGUACCUUUUAAAUCGUCAACAGACGCAGGGCUUUUGUAUUGUGAAUUUAUUUUCUACACAAGUCUCGCAGCUUUAUACACGCGAGAUGAAGAUUCAAGGGUUACCUUCUUACACCAUGCUGGGAAGAAAAUAGAGCCAAAAGAUAUCAAAGUUGGCGCGCAGGUAGCUGAGGCUGUUAUCUGCUCUCUGAUUGAUCAGAUAGAGAAGAACAGCACUUGCCAAUUGCGAAGCUUGGCCUAACUCUACUGUGUCUCGAGUUCGACUUAUGAAGUAGUUAUCUAAUUGGGAAGGAUGGGAAUAGCGCACGUUCGCCAAGAUGAUCGGCCUAAUAAGAAUUGGAACUUACCGAAUGAUUAGAUAUAUCUGUAGUACGCUGUUGCUUCGAUCGUCGAUUCCUCUGUAUCUAACUUCACUUACUCGGACUCUGGGUUAUCUGGAGAUCUACUCCAUCGCAAUACACCUGCCAGUCAUAUAGCGUUAUCUCAUUGCUUUUGUGGCUUUACAUCACCGCUCCAUAUCUGUCCUAAACCC